CAUCAACGUCACAGCCACAGCCACAGCCACCGCCUUUGUAAGCCCUUCUCUUACGCUGUCUUCCAUGUUCUUCCGUCUUCUCUUUCUCCAAUAAUUCCCCGUUUUCUCUGUCACUCCUAAGUUCUGACUUGCCUCAAAUUCUGGGUUUCCAAAGAAACCCAUGAAAGAAUCGAAUCCUGCCACUGAGCCCAUUGGGCAAAACCUCAUCAAACUUAUUAGCAAUCUCUGCUUUUCUGUCUUCGUUUUCUCAGUACUCAUUUUUACUGUCAUUGCCAUCACCUACCAACCCCCAGAUCCAUGGCUGGAAUCUGCUCCAGCUCUCACUAAGCUCUUCACUGAAUCCGAAAACGCCACCUUCCAAACUGACAAUUCCGUAAUCAAAACUGGUGAAGAUUUGCCAUCCGUCCUUCCCCCGGCCGCUUCCCCCAAUGCCGCUGCAACUCCAAUCACAGAGGCGGCGAUCGAGAAGAUCGAGAAGCAAAUCACAAAUUCCACCCCGCCGCAAUCAGACUGCGAGGAAGUGGGUUUCGUGAAUUGUUCCGAUCCUCGUGUGUUGAUUGCGGUGGAAAAGUUUAAUCUCAAGGUCUUCAAGUCCAUUGCGUUCUUGGAGUAUCAGACUCCGGUUAAUGGGUCUAAGCCUGACGAGUGUGAUGUCGCAUGGAGGUUUCGGAACAAGAAGGAGAAGUCAUGGCGAAAGUAUAGAGAUUUUAGGAGGUUUAAGUUUGGUGUUGGAGAGAAAUGUACAUAUAAGGUAAUGCAUUCUGGUGGUUGGCAUUCGGGCUUAAAUGCCAGGCGCCCCAGGAGCAGAAUCAAUGCAACAAGGGCUGGUGGAAAUCCUAAAGUUGCCCCUCAGAUCCGUGAUGAUGAGAUCAAUGACACGAUCCCCAGUUUGGGGUCAGAGAUGAAUUUUAGGAAGGGGAAAUACUUGUAUUAUUCACGUGGAGGGGAUUACUGCAAGGGAAUGAAUCAUUACAUGUGGAGCUUCUUGUGUGGCUUGGGUGAGGCAAUGUACUUGAACAGAACAUUCGUGAUGGACUUGAGUAUGUGCUUGUCUGCAACUUAUAACCCCAGUAACAAAGACGAGGAGGGAAAGGAUUUUAGAUAUUACUUUGAUUUUGAGCAUCUAAAGGAGACAGCAACUGUUGUGGAGGAAGGUGAAUUUUUGAGAGAUUGGAAAAAAUGGAAUAAAAGCCAUAAGAGGAAAGUGCCAGUUAGGAAGGUUGUGAGCCAUAUGGUGACACCACUGCAGCUUAGGAAGGAUAAAAGCACUAUCAUAUGGAGGCAGUUUGAUGCCCCGGAGCCAGAAAAUUACUGGUAUAGAGUAUGUGAAGGUCAAGCUGCAAAGUACAUUCAAAGGCCAUGGCAUGCUUUGUGGAAAUCAAAGAGAUUAAUGAACAUUGUUUCAGAAAUUAGUGGUAGAAUGGACUGGGAUUUUGAUGCAGUCCAUGUGGUUAGAGGGGGGAAAGCACAAAAUAAGGAGCUAUGGCCUCAUUUAGAUUCUGACACAUCACCUGAUGCUCUUCUUGAAAAGCUUAAAGGGAUGAUUCAGCCUUGGAGAAAUUUGUAUAUUGCCACCAAUGAGCCAUACUACAAUUACUUUGAUAAAUUGAGAUCUAAUUAUAAGGUCCAUUUGCUUGAUGAUUACAAGGAAUUGUGGGGUAACACUAGUGAGUGGUACAAUGAAACUAUGCUUCUAAACAAUGGAAAGCCUGUUGAGUUUGAUGGGUACAUGAGAGUUGCAGUGGAUACAGAGGUCUUUUAUCGGGCCAAGACACGUGUUGAAACAUUUUAUAAUCUCACUAAAGAUUGUAAGGAUGGAAUUAAUACAUGCUGAUCAGGUUGGCAAAAUUUUAUAUGCUUCUUCAAAUUAAUGGUUUAACAUUGUCUUCCUCAUUGAUCCAGGUUCAGAUUCAUACCAUGGGGUUUCAUUCAAGCUUCUUGAGUUCUUGUUGUACUUGCAUGUUCUUAUAUUGUAUUGGUUACUGAUGAAUUAUGUUAAUUGUCUUGAUUUUAUAUACCUUCUAUAGAAUAUCCUCUCUCCAUCUUGUUUCUUGA